GGCACACAGGGAACCAGAGGCCAGAGGAGGGACCCAAAAACAGAAAUCAAACAGAGACAGAUCUCCGUCUUCUUCUUCCUCUGUAGUUUUCUCUCCUCUGGUGUUUUGUAGUCAUGCUGGACACGCUCACCUUCCUCCUGCAGAAGCUCUUCCUCCUCGCCCACAUCAAGCUUUCCAGCCUUCUGCCUCCUCCGGGCAAAGAGUGCGGAGACCCGCCGCUCACCAGGCGCUGUGACCGGGAUGAACCUCCUGCGCAGCCCGCCGGAGCUCCUCAGAAGUUCCAGCGGGGAGACCUGCUGGAGGUCCCGCGGACUCUCUUCAUCCACUUCGGCAUCUACCUGGGCGACAACCGGGUGGCGCACCUCAUCCCGGACAUCCUGCCAGUGGUGACCGCCGACAGCCGGCAGAUCCAGGAGAUGGUGACCAACAAGCGGCUCGUGCUCGGGGUGCUCGCUAAGCGCGCCAGCAUCCGGGUGGACUCGGUGGAGGACUUCGCGUACGGAUCCGGGAUCCUGCUCAACGCCAUGGACCGGGCAGUGGGCCGGAGUCCGCUGUCCGGAGAGGAGGUGGCCCGGCGGGCGGAGCGGCUGGUCGGCGCCGUGUCCUACAGCCUGCUGUGGAACAACUGCGAGCACUUCGUCACCUUCUGCCGCUACGGCACGGCGCAGAGCCUGCAGACCGACAAGUUCUGUGAGUGGCUGAAGUCGCUGAUCCAGGACCAGCGUAACAUUGUCCUGACGGCGCUGCUGGGACUCCUGUCCAUGGUGUGUUUGGGUAUAUCCUCCUGCACCGCCCUGCCCACCCUCCUCAUCCCCUUCACGCUAUGGAUGUGCAGCUAGAAGCUCGGCGUCAGCGUUUGAGACUCACCGCUGGCUCAAUUCAGGCUGGGCCGCCAUGUUGGAAGAUCGAAAGACAGGAAGUAGUUAUCGCACUACAUUUUAUUGUUAAUAUCGCAAUAGUGACUGAACCUAAACACUCUUGUUGUAGUUUAGAACGAACAGAAGAAGAUCAGCGUAGUUAGGGUGAGCGACAUUAGCAACCAGGACUGAACCAAUAAAAAGAAAUACAUUAAAAUGGCAGAAAAGACAAAAAAUCACCUAGUCCCACCCACAAGGUGGUGAGCACUUAGAAACAACUUUAAAACAGUGAAAGGUGUUUUUUAAACUUUAAAAUACGGUGUUAAAGAGACCAAAGAUCAUGUAAUAAGCUGCAGGUUUUGUUUUGAAGGAGUCAUUUUAGGAAAUAACCUUUGUCGUCUUCCAGUAUGGCGGCUUGUCACUCGUAAUCAUUUCACCAACAUCACAUGACACGUCUGGAAACCGCAGAGUCGGAGUGACCAGUUUAAAAGUGUUGCUUCAGAUGGAUUCGUUAUAGUAUUUCACUUUCACAUAAUGUGAGCUGUCUUUUAAUAAAGACACAGGUAAAAGCAUCACAGUCCUGAUUGGCUGUCCAAUCUGUCCAAUCAGGCCAGUUUAUGUCAUUUAAAGCUUCUGUUAGACAAACAGGCGGCGGUACUGGGAGAGCAAAGUCUGGUGUUAUUCUAUAUUUACUUGCAGAAAUACUGAGAACAUCUUGUUUUUGAACCAGAGUAUAUAUGAAUGAGACGUUUCAGGUCUCUGACAAAUAAAUUAAUGAACUUUUAUUUACCCAGCAGUUCACAUUGCAGUCCUGCGAAAGCCUCUUAUUUCUAAAAAAAAAUCAACUCUUAAACGACUUCCUUAAAAGGAAAGAAAACCUGCUUUUUUUUGUAGUUUAUUUGGAGAAAAUUUUAAACUUUUCUUGGCUCUUCAAGGAGCCCGAAACUAAGGUUGACUCACCAGCUUUUUCCAGAGCUUUUAACUGCAUCCCGCGUCCUUGAAAGCCCUGGAAAAACUACUGUUUCCAAGGUCUAGAAUGAACACCCUACACCUUUUAACAUAUUUACACUGAGAAACUCUGACUCUGUGGCGGCCAUCUUGACGGUACUAAAGCACACGGGACACAUCCAGAAUAUCUCUGUAUAGCCCAUCUGCACUGUGAAGCUCUUCUGUAAAUAUCUGUAGAUAUCCUUUCACAACCUGAUUGUUCUCUAACAGUCACAAACUUUUGUACAGAAUUUAUUUUUUAUGACUCUGUAACACUUUAUACUCUGUUUUAUAUGUAAAUAAAGGAAGUGGAAUUACGAA